CUUACAAAUAUUCACCAUGGGAAUGAAAGGCUUCACGGCCACCUACUAGCACUUUCUGCGUUACACACCUACGGUUAGGGUUUUUACUUUACGCUGCUCUCACAACACAACACAACACAACACAGACACAGCAUCCAUGGUAAAAGCCUCUGCUGGAACCGUCAAUCCACACGGCAGGACUGGAGUUCGUAUUGUUGUGGCCGGAGACCAUGGCACCGGAAAAUCAAGCCUCAUUAUUACAGCUGCCGCCGAUAACUUCCCGGUGAACGUGCCACCGGUGUUGCCUCCCACGAGGCUUCCUGAAGAUCUGUAUCCGGAUCGCGUGCCUAUCACAAUUAUUGACACCUCUUCCCGUCCUGAGGAUAGUGUUAAAGUUGCUGAAGAAUUGCAGCGGGCUGACACAGUUGUCCUCACUUAUGCAUGUGAUCGGCCUGAGACACUUGAAAAUCUGAGUAUAUUUUGGCUCCCGCAUCUUCGUAAAUUAGAGGUAAAAGUUCCAGUUAUAGUGGUUGGCUGUAAGCUCGAUUUGAGAGAUGAAAAUCAGCAGGUGAGCCUAGAACAGGUGAUGUCCCCAAUAAUGCAACAGUUCCGAGAGAUUGAAACUUGCAUUGAGUGUUCAGCGUCUAGGCAUAUCCAGGUCCCUGAAGUUUUCUACUAUGCACAAAAGGCUGUUCUUCAUCCAACGGCUCCCUUAUUUGAUCAGGAGUCACAAACUCUAAAGCCUCGAUGUGUGCGGGCCUUGAAGCGGAUUUUUAUCCUCUGUGAUCAUGACAGAGAUGGUGCCCUGAGUGAUGCUGAGCUGAAUGAUUUUCAGGUUAAAUGUUUCAAUGCUCCUUUGCAACCAUCUGAAAUUGUGGGUGUAAAGAAGGUUGUACAAGAAAAAUUGCCUAAAGGUGUGAAUGAACGUGGACUUACUUUGACAGGAUUUCUUUUUCUUCAUGCCCUUUUCAUAGAAAAAGGGCGUCUUGAGACAACAUGGACUGUGCUCAGGAAGUUUGGAUACAAUGAUGAUAUCAAGCUUGCUGAUGAUCUGAUUCCGCCUUUGAAACGUGCUCCUGAUCAGAGUGUGGAGCUGACAAAUGAAGCAGUUGAUUUUUUGAAGGCGAUCUUUGAUUUAUUUGAUAGUGAUGGUGUAUGUUAUUUGCACAAAUGACCUUGAAUAUUUACACUUUAUCAUGCUGUUCUUUCAUGACUAGGUCAUGGGUUUAAAUCCAGGAAACAGUCUCUUUGUAAUUAUGCAAGGGUAAGGCUGCGUACAAGGAUUACCUCCCCCA